AAUUAGUUGCUUUUAUAGGAAAGUGACAAAGUUUUUUGGUACAACUCAAAAAAGAAAGUUGGCAAAUUCCAAUGAGACGGAGGGGUAAUAAUGUCAAAGAAUGGACGGACGGGGAAACUACAUACUUGCCCCUAGACGGAAGACGGUUACAUUGAAAACGAAGAUGUCGGCUCAAUUUGUGGGAAUUGGACGCAAGCGCCAAGCGGUGGAUUGUAGAGAAUUGCCGUGGAUGGCUGCUUGGUGUAGAAAAUGCAUAUACUUGAAGCCAAAACUGGAAAAAAUGGUUGCGGAAUAUGAUUCAAAAAUCAAGUUCUACUGUGUGGAUGUAAACCGGGUGCCCAAGGCUUUAGUCAACCGAGGAAACAUCUCUAAAAUGCCAACUAUUCAGGUGACCCUUAAACCUGGAAAUCCAUAGCUAUGGAAAGAUGAAGAAAUGAGAGGAGAAGUGAUUGGAGGUCACAAAGCUUGGCUUGUAAUUGAAGAAAUCAGGGAAAUGAUACAAAAGUUCGCGAUAUGAGUGACUCUUCCUGAUCAGAUAAUUAUAUAGAUAGAUGUUGUUUGCCACUCUUUUUUAUUUUCUAGUAUAGCUACAUUCAAAUGAUUGUUUUAUGUUUUAGAGUAAAACCUACAAAUUAAAAUCCUCACAGAAUUAGGAUGUGAGUUAUCAAUCAAAUCUUGGUGGAUUUCCGGCCACCGAUGUGAUGUUC